GCGCGCCUCCGCCGCCCGCCCCCCUCUCCCUCCGAUGGCUUCCUCUCUCUUCCGUCCACGCCUCCUCCUGCGCCGCCACUUCCGCCUCCCUCUCCACCUCGCUUCCUUCUCUCCCUCCUCCGCCUCCAAUUCUCUCCCUGAAUCACCGGCGGGGCUUCCACCACCGUCCUACCCUUCUCCUUUCCCCUCCUCCUUACCGCACCAUCACUAUUUCUGCUCCACUGCCUCGAUUCCUACAGUUACCCUAUCCACCGACGCCGAUCCCCCGCCCGAUGCUGCCGCCGUCUACCGGGAGCUUCGCGCCGCGGAGGACGGCUCCUCCGAUCUCGGCCGCCGCGACUGGGAGGCCCUUUCCGGGGUUCUACGCUCCUUCGCCAAGUCUCCGUGGGUUUCUGAUCAAGCCCUCGCCCUCUACAUCCCUUCCUCUUUCUUCCUCACUGCUGUUCGCUGCUUUCGCCUCUUCUUCCUCCAGCGCUGCCCCCCUGCUACCUUCCGCUAUCUCAUCGCCCUCGGCCCUUCAGCUGCUGCCGAUCGUUUUCUGUUCCCCAUUUUUGCCGAUUUUUGCCUCGAAGAGUUCCCCGACAAGCUCCGGGGCUUUCGCACCCUCAUGGAGUCUGCUGAUCUCACCCAGCCACAUACCUGGUUCCCGUUUGCCCGUGCCAUGCGCCGCCGCAUCAUCUACCACUGCGGCCCCACCAACAGCGGCAAGACUUACAAUGCACUCGUCCGCUUCAUGGAGGCCCGUAGUGGCGUCUAUUGCAGCCCCCUACGGCUCCUUGCCAUGGAGGUGUUUGAUCGGGUGAAUGCGGCUGGUAUCUACUGCAGCCUUCACACUGGUCAAGAGAAAAAGACGCUGCCUUUCUCUAACCACGUUGCCUGCACCAUCGAGAUGAUAUCCACCGAAGAAUGCUAUGAUGUUGCCGUAAUUGACGAGGUGCAAAUGAUGGCCGAUUCCACUCGGGGCUAUGCUUGGACGCGUGCAUUGCUCGGCCUCAAGGUUGAUGAGAUUCAUCUAUGUGGAGAUCCCAGUGUGCUAAAAAUUGUCAAGAGCAUUUGCAAGGAAACGGGUGAUGACCUGCAGGUGAACCAAUAUGAGCGAUUCAAGCCCCUGGUUGUAGAGGCUAAGACAUUGCUAGGCAACAUGAAGAAUGUGCGUUCUGGUGACUGCAUUGUGGCCUUCUCGAGAAGGGAGAUCUUUGAGGUGAAAUUGGCAAUCGAGAAGUUCACCAAGCACAAGUGCUGUGUUAUAUACGGUGCAUUGCCACCGGAGACCAGGCGACAGCAGGCAAGCUUGUUCAAUCAACAAGACAAUGAAUAUGACGUCUUGGUGGCCAGUGAUGCUGUGGGAAUGGGCCUGAAUCUGAACAUAAGGCGGGUGGUAUUUUAUUCUCUUUCCAAGUAUAACGGUGAUAAAAUGAUGCCAGUUCCUGCAUCCCAGGUGAAGCAAAUAGCCGGGAGAGCUGGCCGGAGAGGAAGCGUAUACCCUGAUGGGCUUACCACAACCUUUGUUAAGGAUGAUUUGGACUACCUGAUUGAGUGUUUGCAGCAACCGUUUGAGCAGGUGCAGAAAGUUGGUCUUUUUCCAUUCUUUGAGCAGGUGGAGCUGUUUGCUGCUCAGUAUCCAAAAUCCACCUUGUGUGAACUAUUGGAGAAGUUCCGGGAUAACUGUCGCCUCGAUGGAAAUUAUUUCCUGUGUCAACAUGACGGCAUUAGAAAAGUUGCAAACAUGUUGGAGAAGGUUCAAAACCUCUCUCUUGAAGAUCGCUUCAACUUCUGUUUUGCACCUGUCAACAUUAGGGACCCCAAGGCAAUGUAUCAUCUCUUGAGAUUUGCCUCACAUUUUAGCGAAGAUCGCCCAGUUACUAUUGCAAUGGGGAUGCCAAAAUCUUCUGCUCAAAACGAUGCUGAGCUGUUGGACCUUGAAACUAAACAUCAGGUUGUCUCAAUGUACUUAUGGUUAUCAAACCAUUUCAAGAAAGAUACUUUUCCUUAUGUGCAGAAAGCCGAGACAAUGGCCACAGGAAUAGCUGAUUUGCUUAGCAAAUCUCUAGCCAAAGUUUGCUGGAAACCAGAAUCAAGGCAAAAGGGAAAACCAGUAGCUCCAGAGAAGGAAGGUCUUGACAAGGCAAUAUCUUGUGCCCAAGCGGGUUAUGAAAGUCCAAAAUCACUUGUGCAAGUAUUCACCAUGUAGAAGACAUCAAACGCUUGAAUACUUGGUGGCAGACUCCGGAUGUUUACUCAAAAUUUGCAGAUACUCUGCCAGGAAAGGCAUCCUUCAUCAAAUUUUAACUUAGGUUAUUGUCAUUUAAAAAAAAAGAAGAAUCAUCUGAUUCUUCAGUUGUUAUAUGUACUCUAUCCUCAUUUUUUUUUGUCAAGUUGUACAUAUUAUCUGCCUGUUUUGAUAGGUAGAAGUUGAGUGCGUUCUCAUGUCAGCUAUUGUUUGUAUGUGCUUACAGUCAUCUUUCUCUAUAAAACAGGGAAUUUAAAGCCAGCGUUUCCAUAAUUCAAUAGUUUAGAUGAUGCAGAGAAUAGCUGGAAGGUGCUUUUGGAAGAUUAGCUUAUUACCAGUGUGUUCUCAAGAAGGAAGUUGAAAAGGGCUAGCAGCAAGAGCUAAAUUGUGUUUCCAAACUGAUUUGCAAAUGGAUCAUCCGGCAUUCGAGCUAAUAGAAAACUGAGAACUUGUCUUAUAUCCAAUUUGAUCAAUCCUGGAAUUUAUUCUGCCUUUAUUUCAUGAUUUUGUGAUUCAAGAGAUGCGAUGUAACCGUGUUUUGACAUUCUCUUAUCACAAGGAAUAUCUUUCUUU